AUGAGUCUUUCUCUAAUUCAGUUUGAAGACCAGGAUGGAAAGAAAAUAAGUGAAGUGCUGCAAGUUCCAAACUCAAUUGAUGUCCACCAGCUGAGAUCUCUUAUCAACACUGCACAAGAUCUUUUCAUAAACGGAAACAUCAUCACAAACAGUCUAGAGAACUGCUUGACAACUUCUCAGCUUCAGAAUGUAGAGGAAAUAAAGAAAAUAAGGCUAUCACAAGACUUUCCCUCGGCAAAGCCAGCAUUUUACUGCUCAAGCACAUAUUCUGGCCAUCAAGGUCCUGUUCUUUGUACUAGAUUUGCAAAUGGCAUUGUUGUUACUACGGGUGGAGACAAGACUGUUAGAUUUUGGGAUUUGCUCACAAGAACGACAGUUUAA